AUGGGAUCAUCAAAGCCUGGAGAAAAGAAAGAUGAGGAGGAGAGGGGGAAGUUGGAUGGGGCAACAGCAUUGUACACAAGUGCUUUCAGUGGACAUACUGAUAUUUGUAGACUUCUCAUUCAAUCUGGAGCCAACAAGGAUAUUCAAAGGAAAGAUGGGGCAACAGCAUUGCACGCAAGUGCUUUCAAUGGUCAUAAUGAUAUUUGUAGGCUUCUCAUUCAAUCAGGAGCCAACAAGGAUAUUCAGGAAAAUGAUCCAUAA